GCAGUCCGAUAUCCGUCAGCUGGUACGGACUUUCAUGGCUCAAUGCUGGAGACGCUCUUGGCGAGAUACUUGCAAAAGUUCUUGAAGGGCUUCACUCCGGAGCACAUUUCAGCUCACCUUUUGAAGGGCUCCGUGAAGCUCAAGGAGGUGGAACUGGACCUUAUUGCGGUGCAUGAACUGCUGGUGGAUGUCUUGCCUUGCGCACUGGAACUGCAAAAAGUGAGGUGCAGCUUCAUUUCUUUGAAAGUGCCGUGGAAACGACUGCGACGUCAGCCGGUGCUUCUGGAGCUGUCUGGUCUCGAGGUGAAAUUGAAGGUUCAUUCUGAGGACAGCGAUUGGCUGGCUGCGCAGGAAAAGUUGCACCCAGAGAAGACAUCCAAGGGAGAAGACCUGAGCAUUGACGAGGCUGCAGAUUCUGAUGAUCGGAAGGAAGAGAAGGAAGAGAAGGAAGAUGCCUCACUCCUAAAGGUGGGACUCAAAGAGGUGAUCACGGAUGGGCUGCAAGUAGUGCUGAAGAGUUUGCAAGUGGAUUUGUGGUCAUCCCGACAAGUAUCUCCACUCGAGCUCAGGGUUGAGGCACUUGAAUCAUUCCCAUGUAGUGUCAGAGGCGAGAAGAUUAGCAAGCCUCAGGAUGUCUAUGAAUUCUGUGACCCAUGUGCACGGCUUUUCCGCUUGGUCCAGAUUGAUGGACUGCGGCUUGCGACAAACCAGAAACCAGGUGCCAUGGUGGAGGUGAUAGGACCAGUGAGCGUACAAAUCGAACAGAGGCGCUGGUGUGGCUUUAUUCCGCAACAUCGAUCCCGCCGGGUUUGUCCCUUUAGUAGUGAAACUGCCAUCACCAUCCGUUUGGCCUCAGUGGCACUUCAACUUCCUGUAGCACCAGUGAUGGCUGUUUGUGAGGUUCUGUUGGACUUGAUCAAGGGUGGAUUGCCAUUCUCACAGUCUGAGCUACCUCCAGACUCUGACCAGGCCGCUGGAGCUGUCAGCUGGUCGGAGCUACGGCCAGGGCGCGCUGGGGCUACAGGUCUACACUGGCGCGAGCAGCUGCUAAAUCGAAAGAAUGUCACCUUGCUGACCUUGUCCCUGACUCUGGAACAGUGUGGGGCCACUAUUUGCAUGGACACAAAAGCAGCACAGCUGGAGGCACAUGACUUCAUGUUCACCCUGGACCUCAUCUCCUCACUGGACACAUCCAGGUGGCGAUGUCUCUAUGAGCUUGGCCUUUGCGAGAAAAGCACCGAAGGAGUGAAGAUGCAAUGUUUACAGCGGAUCUUUGGAAUCUACUUGGGCUUGGCAAGGUUGAUGUGGAGCACCUUAGGUUCAGAAGAAGUUCCAAAGACGUUGCUCUCCUUGGGCCUUUCACAUAGGCCCAGCGUGUCCGUUCGCUGGAAGGACGUUCCUGCGGUCCACAGCACUUGGGAGAGCUUCCAGCCAAUCGAAGGCUGCCUACAUUCAGUGAAGGUCCUCGUGGACGUGUCAGCAUUUCAGAGCUUGGUGGAGACGGUGAAGAAGAUUGUAAUGCCCUUUACGGAACUCAUCGAGCCUCCACCCUUUGCAUGUUCUUGGUGCCGAAUCCGCUUGCACGAUCUCACUGUGGAAGUUCCAAAGCAGGCACUCACCAGAAAUGGGGUUACUCUCGAUUGAAAAUCGGGGUGAUGGCAUGCCAUGGCCACUUCAGAAGGGCAAGAUCAUGAUGAAGAUGCAAAAAUAUGUAAACAACCUAAUUACACUUCUUUCUGCUUGGAUGGGACAGCAAUGCCCAGUAUAUACUUGCUUGAAGUUUGCAUCAAAUUUUGAGAAGAACUGGAGAAACAAGAGAACAAGCUAGGCAAGCUGCUGUAAAAAAAAAUCUAUGUGGCUCGAACGAUGCAACGAAGCUUCCCGAGGCAUCCCAAGAGUGUGGACAUGUGCAGCUCCACGACCACCGUACGCCCAGGAAACAAGGUUUCCAAAAUGAUGCUUCAAAUAUUUGGGUUGCGGGGUUCCACACCUCUUGGUCCCCACACCUUGUGUUUACUGACAGGCUUCGCCCACCGGCGACGCCCUUGGGGGGACUGCGCGUAUCCGGAGGCCCCUUGCACAGCAAAAUGCGACGGUUAGCACAGCUUCUUACGCCUGCAC